UUCUUUUGUUAUUUCAUUUUAAUCACGAGGAAGAAAGUUUUCUUUACGUUUCUGAUCUCGGAGGAAUAGUGAAGGGGGAAACACCAAGGCCAAGAGCCGAAAGCUGGCGGUCGAUUUUUGGGGGGCUGACCCCAUGAACAAGUUUCUCUUCUAGGGUUGUUUUAUUCUUAUCUUCUUGUUGGUGGGUUUUGGCUUUAAUUGAGGGGAAAAAUAAAAAAGAAAAAAAUAGGGUAGGAUUUUGGAGGAGAUGGCUCCAGGGCGUAAGCGUGGAGCGAAAGGCGUGAAAACGAAGACGGAGUUGAGUUUGGGUGAUCUCGUGCUCGCCAAGGUCAAGGGUUUUCCUGCUUGGCCUGCCAAGAUUAGCAGGCCUGAAGACUGGAAGCAUGCACCUGACCCUAAGAAGUUUUUCGUCCAUUUUUUUGGUACAAAUGAAAUAGCUUUUGUCGCUCCUGCCGAUAUCCAGGCAUUCACUAGUGAAAUAAAAAAUAAGUUGUCUGCUCGAUGUCAGGGUAAGUCAGCCGGAAACUUUGUCCAAGCAGUGAAGGAAAUUUCUGAAGAAUUUGAUGUGUUGCAGCGAAUUAAGUUAAGUGGUACAAGAGAAGAUAAUAAUGCAGAAAAUAUAGCCUCUGAGGCACAUUCUGCUGAUCCAGUAGAAGAUGAUGCUUUAGAAGUUAGCGCAGAUGAUGAAAUCGAUAGGGAAGAACCAAAAUGCAAAUUGGAGAUCAAUGGGUUGAGUGAUCAGGGCUCUGGAAUUGGGCGUGCACAAAGAAAAGGUGAAAUGGAUUUUCAAGAUGUAAAACCUUGCUCGUCACAUGACAUUGAUCGUAGUCCACCUCCAUAUAUAUCUCCCGGAAAGAAGAGCAAGCUUUCUGCAAACCCUUCUAAUCUUCGGAAAAACUCUGUUUUAGGAUCUACCCCAUCUCGUCAUGCCUCUGUGAAGGAGGAAGCUUCUCAUAAAGUCAAAGCUGAAGGUGGAUGCUCUGAUGGUGGCCGGAGUGAAUUUGCUGAUAGUCGCAAGUCAAAGCUGUCAAAGGGGUUAAAGAGGAAGCAGGAAGAACUGCUAAGAAAUAGUGGUUCGAUUAAAUCUCCAGAAAAUGCUGGAGAUGGGAUGCAAAUAAAAUAUGCUUCGGGCGGUAACAUGAAGGUGUCAUCUGCUGAUAAUUCAAGGUUAGGCUCAGAUCUUGGCGGUAGUACGAAGGUGAAAAAGUUGCUGAAAGAGAAGAAGCGUCCUAUGGCAGUAGAUAGUCGAUUGGAUAGUUCGGAGGAGCAUUACGAAGUUAACCCCAGUAAAAAGAUGAAGCUCCAACGCGACCAUGGUAAACUAACAUCUCGGACAAUUGAAGCCCCAUCUCCUGCCCAAAUAUCAAAAUCUGCUGAUACAGUGGACGGUGCUCAGAUGUUAAGAGCUAAAACAAGCAGGAAGGCUGACCUUAUCAGUCCUGUUGAUCAGUACACCAAACUGGAUAAACCAAAGUCUAAACAGUUGGCAUCAGGUGGGAAUGUAGAGAAUCAUCAUCCCUCUAGAGUGGAUACAAUUAAUAACCUACCAAACCAAUCUGCUGCAGAAGAUGAUCCCGGUUUGGCAAAGCGUGAUUCUCUGGCAGAAGGAAUGGUGGCCACUUCUGCUUUGAUUUCUGAAAAUUUAAAUGGAGAUUCUGCAUCUAAUAAAAAUGGCUCGGGGAAUCCUAACAAAGUUCGAUCUUCAGGCAUGCAGCUGCCAAAAAAGCGGAGAGCUGUCCGCAUAUGUGAUGAUGAUGAUGAUGAAUUGCCUAAAACACCAGUUCAUGGAGGAGUUCCCCAGGGCCAAAAGAUUUCUGCUAAUCCUCUCAUAUCAGAGUCGAAAAACAAAACUGUCAAGCGUGAUGAGGGUUAUGCAAAAGAUCGACCCGUCCUUAGAAAUUCAGGAAUAAUUGAUGAUGCCUUAAAAAAAAGAGCACUAUCUUCUAGGUUGCCAAACAAAACUUCAUCACCAGUUGCUGAGAAAGGAAUCGAGAAUAGAACUAGAGAAGUAUCAGCCGAAUAUUUGUCUCCUAAUCAACGUAAGGUGGAUUCCGGAAAGAUGUCCUCCGUAGAGGCUAAAUCAGCCCUUGAUUCCUCUCAAUCUGUUAGUGUUGUCAAGCCAUUAGUAGAACCACACAAGAAGCACUUGAGCAAGACACCGGUUGUUAAUUCCCAGAAGAAAGUUCCAUCGGGAGCUAGUAGGGGUAUUGCUACAGCUGCUGAUGGAUCAUCAAUCAAGCAACCGACUAUUGAAAGAAAUAAUCCAACUUCACCUGGAGAGAAAAAAAGUACUCCACUGUCGGGUUCCCAGAUCAACGAUUCCCUUCUUUUGGUUGGGGAUCUGGAUGGUAAUGUUACUGCACUUAGUGAAAGGUCGAAUGUUGGUAGUGACUCCAAAACUAGUUUCUCGGUUAAUUCAAAAAUUUCAGACUCUGUUACAUCCAUGAAACAUCUCAUUGCUGCUGCUCAGGCGAGAAAGAAGCAAGCAAACUCUCAGAGCUCUUACUUAAAUCAUCUUCUAGUGUUUCCUGAUGCUGACAUGAGUCCAAGCCCUAAUCCUGGUACACUGCUGGUUGAAUCAAACAAACCACUCCAUUUGGAUGUGGAAAGGUUACAGCCCAAUCCUCCCUCUGAUGUUCGUCAAUUUUCAUCAGUCACUGACAAUGAGAAGGACGAACUUCAGGAGAGGAGGGUUAGUUCAGGUCGUCAAGCCACUGGAAGUUCUCUGAGUGGGGAUACUGAGGCAGCUGUUGCACGUGAUGCUUUCGAAGGAAUGAUAGAGACACUUUCAAGGACCAAAGAAAGUAUUGGUCGUGCGACUCGUCUUGCAAUUGAUUGUGCAAAGUAUGGAAUCGCCAAUGAGGUUGUUUUAGAAUCGGUCAAUUGUGAUUUUGAGUAUUAUUCGCAUCAUGAUGCAUGGAGUAGGUGUCUUAGUAUCAGGCGCAUGCCACAAAUGACUAAAAAGAAUAUUGGAUUAGUGGUAGAUGUUGUUGAACUUCUAAUCCAUAAGUUGGAAUCCGAGUCAAGCUUUCAUCGCAGAGUGGAUCUGUUUUUCCUUGUUGACUCUAUAACCCAGUGCUCUCAUAGUCAGAAAGGAAUUGCAGGGGCGUCUUACCUUCCUAUCAUCCAAACAGCUUUGCCCCGUCUCAUUCGAGCUGCUGCUCCAUCUGGGACUGGUGCUCAUGAAAAUCGCCGUCAGUGUCAUAAGGUGUUGCGAUUGUGGUUUGAGAGAAAAAUAUUUCCGGAAUCUGCUCUCCGCCGUCAUAUGGAUGAUAUUGGAGCGAUGAAUGGUGAAACGUCAACUGGUAUAUCCCAAAGGCGUCCAUCCCGAGCUGAGAGAGCUUUUGAUGAUCCGAUCAGAGAUAUAGAGGGUAUGCUCGUGGAUGAGUAUGGAAGCAAUGCUACAUUUCAAUUAUCUGGAUUGCUACCGUCUCAUUUAUUCGACGAAGAGGAGGAAAACGACGAAAAUAUUCAAACAGUGCACAAGGAAGUUCCAGACACAUCACCAUCCGAGCGUCCCCUUGUUGAUCCCGAGAAUAGUAACGUCACUCCAAGUGACCGGCGCCACUGCAUACUCGAGGAUGUCGAUGGUGAGCUCGAGAUGGAAGAUGUUUCCGCACAACCAAAGGACGAAGUCCCAUUUUCUAGAAACAGCAAAAGUUCUGAUGGGCUCUUUCCAUCAGUUUCGAUUGCUUCCGAGUUUUUACCUUCUCCCGAGGGCUCUCCACCACUGCCGCCUGGUUCUCCUCCGGCAACCCCACCUUUACCCACUUCUCCGCCACCGCCUCCACCGCCGCCACCUUCAUCCCCGCCACCAUCUCCUCCGCCUCCACCACCAUCUCCACCAUCACCGCCACCUCAGCCACCUUCAGAUCAAUAUCAGUUCCCCCCUUUGCCACCUCCGCCGCCUGUAAAUCAGCAUGUCCAUGUGGUGUCAAAUACUCAUGGGUCUCGUAUUGAUGCCCCUGUCAGAGGUGAAGUGUUUUCCCAGCAUCCGUCAUUCUUUCCUCCAUCUGCUGUCAGUAAUAAUGUGCGAGAACAUGUCGGCUAUAAUUCAUCGCAACCUGUGGAAUAUGGAAAGAGUGAUGGAGGAUAUUUGAAUACCCAAGCUCCUCCUCAACAGAGGCAACCUUUUCAACCUGGCACUGUACCUUUUGCUCAACGACCUCAUCACGAACCAUUAAGUCAACAAGCGCCUAGUCAUUUUACCUAUCCAAACACUGGCCCCCAGCAAAAUCUGUACCCCCUUUACCAGGCACCAAAUUUUUCAGACGGUGCAAGGAGAAAUGCUACUGAUGACCGUUGGCGGAUGCAAGUAAAUGAGUUCAAUCCUGAUGGUUCGCGCAGGGGGUGGACAACUGGAGGAAGGUCAUGUUCUGAUCAACCCUAUUCACAUGAAGGUUAUUUUGGACCCCCUCUGGAAAGGCCUCCCACAAAUGUUAAUUUGCAGUCCUCCGCAGCAAAUAAUCUACCAGCUGCUCCAAGCGCAGUUCAUGGUGUCCAGAUAAUGCAUAGCAGACCAGAUGUGCCUGCUGGCAAUUGGAGGCCAGCAUAAGGGAUUUUGUGAAAUUUAUUAGAUUCAUGGAAAUUUUUUAUACAAUGUCCUUUUGGAGCACAUUAUUUAAAUGCGGAACAUUCUGGACUUGUUUCUUGAAUCAGAAGGGUGUUUUGGAGAAAAUUUGAGCUUAUGAUGCUGGGAGAAUCGGCCCUAAUAAUGCUUCAACAGAUACCAUAUUUAUGUGGAUAUGAAAUUGAACAUUGAGAAGUUGUGGAGACCCUUGGCAGGAUUGUCUAUAUUAGAAUUUUUUUCCUGACAAAUGCAUCCCCCCGCACAUACUUCUAAGUGUAAGCCAUUUUUGCUUAUUAUACCGACGCUUGUAGUUAUAUUCCUAUAUCUGAUGGAAGUAAAUCUAAUCGAGGGUACAUUUCAAGUCUGUGAAUAUCAGUUUUGUGACUUUACUACUGCAUUAGCCCUUCCUGCCUCCCAUUCUUUCUUGAGUGCAUGUGAUUAUUCCUUUUCUGCUUUGCUUUGGCUGCCAUGUCAUCUGGUUGGGUAAUUGUUCGAAACUUUCAAACAUUUAAAAAUUUUAUGAUUUACCUUAUGAGAGAAUUCCUGCUUGUUAAUUGUGUUAAGUGCAUUUGAAAAUUUGUUCCUAUCUGAAUGUGUGUGUGUGUGCGCGCGCGC